AUGCAAUUCAUUCUUUUUCUCGUUGUUUUCUUUUCGCUGAGCUUCAAUGCUAUUUCUAUGCCCGUGGCUCCUCUGAAUCACCUUCAAGGCCGGUCCUUCAAGGUAGAGAGAGUCAGGCGCAAUAACUAUGUCGCUCAUGGACCCGCAGCACUGCGCAAGGCAUACCGCAAGUUCGGAAUUGACGCAACAACCCUCGAUGGUGUGGACGUGAGCGACUUCCAGCCUUUCGAAACCAAGCAUACCACUUCUAUGAAAACUGCAAAGGAAGCCGUGGUGAAUUCUGAACAGACGGGCGCCGUCGAUGCCACAUCUGUUGAUGGAGACGUGGAAUUUGUCUCGCCAGUCAAUAUCGGAGGCCAAACCCUCGAUAUGAAUUUUGACAGCGGCUCUGCUGAUAUGUGGGUGUUGAGCUCGAAACUUCCGAAGUCACUGCGAAACAGUCGGACAGUAUACGAACCGAGCAAAUCCAGCACCUUUGAAGAACUUGACAACAGCACAUUUGAGAUCAAGUACGGCGACUCAUCUUAUGCCACUGGCGGAGUAGGCAAGGACGACGUCUCGAUUGGCGGCGUCAAAGUCGCUGGGCAAUCAUUCGGCCUUCCGACGGAUAUUUCGCAAACAUUCGUUGAUGACACCAAGUCUAACGGACUCGUCGGUCUGGGUUUUUCCUCAAUCAACACUAUCACGCCAAAGUCACAGAAUACGUUUUUCGACAACGUCGCCCCCAGCCUCGGCGAGCCAGUCUUCACCGUCCGACUGCUCAGCAAUGGCGUCGGCGAGUAUGAAUUUGGAACCGUUGAUCCGAACAAGUACCGGGGCGUUAUGGUCAAUGUCAGCGUGGAUUCAUCUAAUGGAUUCUGGCAAUUUGACUCCGCAAAAUACGCCGUAGGAGGGGGUCCAUUGCACCAGAUCACGAAGACACCCUCGGCCAUUGCUGACACUGGCACCUCGCUCAUGAUGGUCAGCCCUGAAGUUGCGGAGGCAUAUUACAAGCAAGUCGAUGGCGCUAUAUACGCCAAUAAUGCCAAUGGGUAUAUUUUCCCCUGCACUUCGAGCUUGCCUAGCCUAUCCGUUGCGAUUGGACCCGGUUAUUCGGUUACUAUCCCUGGAUCGUUCAUGAAUUGGUCCGAAGUUGGAACCAACACGACUACUGGUGAAACAGUGUGUUAUGGUGGCCUUCAGUCGAGUGGAAGUUCAAGCAUGGCGAUCUAUGGCGAUGUGUUUUUGAAGGCCUUGUUUGUGGUCUUUGAUCAACGUGGGCCUUCUCUGGGAUUCGCGGCGCCUGUUUAA